UGGUCUUUCUUAAUGAUUACAGUACAUGAUUGGUAGCCAGACAGAGUGUUCGAAUCCUUAAGAAUAUGACUCCGAUGUUUUCACGACGAAGGAGAAGACAAGGAUCGUAAUUCUUUUCCCCUCAAUCCAGCCCCCCCCCUCCCAUUCUGGUAGCUUUUCUUUUCGCAUCUGAGAUUGCAGAUUUAUUCACCCUGUUCAGCUGUUCUUAUUUCUUAACUCGUCAUAUAAUCUACCAAAAGAUUCGGAUUUGAACAUCUGUGUGCAACCAAAAGUCCAACCUUCCAAGUCAACGCAAUAAUGGCUUCCUUUGUUAGGAUUUCAGCACUACUAUGGGCGGAUUUGUUAGCUGCAUUUGCAAUGUAUAUCAUGAUGACCUACUUAACAAAUGUCUGGAAUCUAAGCACUACACAUGCUGCUGGUAUUAUAAACAUUUGGAAUGGAAUCACAGCAGUUUUAGCCAUUGUGUUUGCCUAUAUUGUUGAUUCCUUCUUGGGCGACUACUAUAUGCUUCUUCUCUCUAGCAUUUCCUACACUAUCGGAUUAGGUUUGUUGUCCAUGUCAACGCCUCCAGUCUUCGGCCCAUGUAGUGAGUACAAGGAGAUAUGCAUUGGGCAUACACAAAAUGUCUUGUUUUAUACUGCUUUACCAUUGAUAGCAGUAGGAAUGUCUGGUCAUGUAGUCUCCUUAAUGGCAUUCUUGAAUCUACAAACUAACAAUGAAAAUGAAGCCGAUAAAGAUAAAAAUAAAGAUACAGAUACAGAUAAAGAGAAAGAGAAAGAGAAAAAGGAAGAUGGAAAUAAAAUAUUUUGGCAAAUGUUAGGUUUAUUAAUAGUGGUGGUUGUAUUAAUUGCUGGAGGUAUUGCACUUCCAUAUAUAAAGCCAUGGUCAAUCCGCUUUGGUAUUCCAGCUAUAUGUACAUUGGUUGCAACACUUCUAUUCAUUAGUGGAUAUUCAGUGUAUAAACCAUGUAAGCCAGCUGAAGGGAGUCCAUUAACAACCACAUUAAGAGUCUUUGUAGCUACUACACGUAAGUUAUCUCAACCACUUCCUGAUCCUAAAGAACUCUACAAUGAGGAAGAUACUCGAUCCACAAGCAGCCUCAGAUGCUUAGACAAGGCAGCUAUUAAGUUACAAGAACAACCGGAAUCAAAAAACUGGAACCUUUGUAGUGUUCGUGAAGUAGAAGACACGAAGAUCGGAAUCCGUAUGCUUCCAAUGUGGCUAACCUUCAUAGUCAUCGGAAUCGUGCUUUCCAUCGGAAACACAUACUUUCUUGAACAAGCUAAUCGAAUGGAUCGUAAACUUGGAAAAAUCAAGAUCACGAUUCCAAUCUUCCUUUUGUUCUAUCAAAUAUCAAGCAGCAUAUCUACAUACUUUUAUUCCAUCCUUACAAUGUGUUUUAACAAAAAGUAUGCUCCUCCAGUUGGGAUAGCCACAGGAAUGGUUUUGUCUGUAUUAUGUUGUAUUACAGCUGCAAAAGUGGAGACUCGAAGAUUACAUGUGAUUAGGGAUCAUGGGUUGUUAGACAAGCCUGAUGAGAAGAUCCCGAUGAGUAUAUUCUGGCUGCUUCCACAGUUUAUGCUUCUUGCAGCUGUUGAUGGAAUUGCUAACACGAGUAUCACAAGUUUCUUUAAACACCAAGCUCCUGAAUCGAUGAGGAAAUAUUUGACUUAUUUCACAAAGGGUGUGUUGGGAUUAGGGACAAUGGCUAGUGUUUUGUCGGUUUAUGUUGUGGGGAAGGUGAGUGAGAGAGACCAAAACCCUAACUGGUUUCAGCCUUCGUUGAAUAAGAGCCGAUUGGAUCGAUAUUAUUGGACGUUAUCUGGGCUUUGUGCUGUUAAUCUUGUGAUCUAUGUUAUAGUUGCAUCUUUCUAUAAGUAUAAGGAAACACCGGAUGAUGGUGGUGAUGAAGGAGAAGGAGGAAAUAUGGAUCCAGGUUUUGAAGACAACGCGAAAUGUUGUUGUUGAUUUUGGUCGGUGUUGGUGUCUAUUACAAUUGGGGUGAAGGUGUUUAUUUGUUGUGUUUUUAGAAUUUAUUAACUGCGGUUUGUGUAAAGUUGUUUGAGUAAAUUACACAAAUGGUCCCUUCGGUUUGGGGUAAUUUGCAUGUUUGGUCCUAACUAAUUUUUUUAACUUGGAAGGUCCGUACUGUUUGUUUUUGUUACGCGCUUGGUCCCUGUAUUACCUAAAAUGACUAUUAUACCCUUAUUUAAAUAAAUUAAAAUAGUCUUUUUAGGUAAGAUAAGAUAAGGUAGGGUGGGGUUGGACUGUGUUUAUUUAAAUAAAUUAAAAAAUCAAUGGGAAACUAGUCUUUUCAGGUAAGACAUGGACAAAGCGUGCAACAAAAACAAACAGUAGGGACAUUCCGAGUUUAAAAAAUAAGUUAGGGACCAAACGUGCAAAUUACCCCAAACUAUAGGGACCAUUUGUGUAAUUUACUAUAUUUUAAAUCAAUUGAUUAUGUUAGCGUUACUAUAACCAAUUUGUACUUAUAUAUAGUCUAGAGAUUGUUGUUGUAAUAGUUCUUAUGUUAGGUAUAUAUCUAUGAAUUCCAUCCAUUGUAAAUUCACGGUUCCUUUUAUCAAAUCGGUC